AUGAAUUAAGAAGACAUAUUUUUAAAAAAGUAGUGGUUCAUUAAGUCUUGCGAAGGAAAGAUAGAAUAAUAUUAUGAUAUAAAUCUCAAGAAGGUAAUUCUAUUGGUUGAUGAUGAAGGUGAUUGGGUCUGGAACGUACGGUAGCGUUGUAAAGGCGGUAUUAAAGGGCACGAAACAACAACGUGCAGUUAAGGUGAUUCCCAAGAGCAAGGUGAAGAAUCCAGAGCGAUUCAAAAGGGAAAUCGAUAUUCUCAGAGCCAUGGACCAUCCCAACAUCAUAAAAUUGUAUGAAACUUAUGAAGAUCAAAGAAAUGUAUAUUUAGUGACAGAGUAAAUAUAUGUGUAAUGAAAUAGGUUAUGUGAGGGCGGUGAAUUAUUCGACAGAAUUAUGGAUAAGGGAUAUUUUAAUGAGGCUGAGGCUCAUGCUAUAUUUCUGCAAAUCAUACAAGUAUAUGGAUUUGUGAUUUUUAGGCUUUAAAUUAUUGCCAUUCAAAUGGUAUCUGUCAUCGAGACUUGAAACCUGAGAACUUUUUAUUCCUAACAAAAGCAGACGAUUCUCCACUCAAGGUUAUUGAUUUUGGGUUGAGUAUUUUAUUUGAAGAUGGCCAUUCAAAACCUGGGGCUCAGAAAGUUUCAAUGAAGACCAAAGCAGGAACUCCAUAUUACAUAUCGCCUGAAGUUCUGAAGGGUAAUUAUGAUGAAUUGUGUGACAUCUGGUCAGCUGGUGUGAUAUUAUAUAUUUUAUUAUCUGGUGUUCCUCCAUUUUAUGGGGAUACCGACCCAGAGAUCUUAGAAUCUGUUUAAAAGGGAGUUUAUACAACUGAUAUUCCAGAGUUUAAAUUUGUUAGUGACGCUGCAAAAGAUUUAAUUGCAAAUAUGAUCACGACACCCGACAAAAGAUUCAAAGCCUCACAAGUGUUGUAACAUAAAUGGAUGAAAGAGAAGAACAAGCCAAACAAAGAAUUAAAAUUAAAUUACGGAGCCUUAAAAAAUUUCACUGGAAGCAACAAGUUGAAGAAAGUAGCUUUGACAUUUAUUGCCUCAUAAUUAAACGAAUAGGAAAUUUCUCACUUGGGAAAGUAAUUAUUUAAUUUAAAUUAUAUAGAUUGUUUAAGCAAUUAGAUAAAAAUGGAGAUGGAGUCUUGACCAUUGAAGAAAUCAGGGAGGGAUUGACAGGGAUGAGUGACGAUUAAUCAAAGGAAUUGGCUAACAUUAUCAAAAGCAUAGACACUGAUGGAAAUGGCAAUAUCAAUUACACAGGUAUUCUACGAAUCGUCUAUUUAGAAUUCUUGNAAUACCAAAUUAUUGUAUUAGUAGUUAAAUUUGUAAUUAUAUUAUUAAAACAUGAAUUAAGAAGACAUAUUUUUAAAAAAGUAGUGGUUCAUUAAGUCUUGCGAAGGAAAGAUAGAAUAAUAUUAUGAUAUAAAUCUCAAGAAGGUAAUUCUAUUGGUUGAUGAUGAAGGUGAUUGGGUCUGGAACGUACGGUAGCGUUGUAAAGGCGGUAUUAAAGGGCACGAAACAACAACGUGCAGUUAAGGUGAUUCCCAAGAGCAAGGUGAAGAAUCCAGAGCGAUUCAAAAGGGAAAUCGAUAUUCUCAGAGCCAUGGACCAUCCCAACAUCAUAAAAUUGUAUGAAACUUAUGAAGAUCAAAGAAAUGUAUAUUUAGUGACAGAGUAAAUAUAUGUGUAAUGAAAUAGGUUAUGUGAGGGCGGUGAAUUAUUCGACAGAAUUAUGGAUAAGGGAUAUUUUAAUGAGGCUGAGGCUCAUGCUAUAUUUCUGCAAAUCAUACAAGUAUAUGGAUUUGUGAUUUUUAGGCUUUAAAUUAUUGCCAUUCAAAUGGUAUCUGUCAUCGAGACUUGAAACCUGAGAACUUUUUAUUCCUAACAAAAGCAGACGAUUCUCCACUCAAGGUUAUUGAUUUUGGGUUGAGUAUUUUAUUUGAAGAUGGCCAUUCAAAACCUGGGGCUCAGAAAGUUUCAAUGAAGACCAAAGCAGGAACUCCAUAUUACAUAUCGCCUGAAGUUCUGAAGGGUAAUUAUGAUGAAUUGUGUGACAUCUGGUCAGCUGGUGUGAUAUUAUAUAUUUUAUUAUCUGGUGUUCCUCCAUUUUAUGGGGAUACCGACCCAGAGAUCUUAGAAUCUGUUUAAAAGGGAGUUUAUACAACUGAUAUUCCAGAGUUUAAAUUUGUUAGUGACGCUGCAAAAGAUUUAAUUGCAAAUAUGAUCACGACACCCGACAAAAGAUUCAAAGCCUCACAAGUGUUGUAACAUAAAUGGAUGAAAGAGAAGAACAAGCCAAACAAAGAAUUAAAAUUAAAUUACGGAGCCUUAAAAAAUUUCACUGGAAGCAACAAGUUGAAGAAAGUAGCUUUGACAUUUAUUGCCUCAUAAUUAAACGAAUAGGAAAUUUCUCACUUGGGAAAGUAAUUAUUUAAUUUAAAUUAUAUAGAUUGUUUAAGCAAUUAGAUAAAAAUGGAGAUGGAGUCUUGACCAUUGAAGAAAUCAGGGAGGGAUUGACAGGGAUGAGUGACGAUUAAUCAAAGGAAUUGGCUAACAUUAUCAAAAGCAUAGACACUGAUGGAAAUGGCAAUAUCAAUUACACAGGUAUUCUACGAAUCGUCUAUUUAGAAUUCUUGGCUGCUACUAUGGAGAAACAGUUGUAUAUGAAAGAGGAGAAGUUGUAUCAGGCCUUUAAGAUGUUGGAUUUGGAUGGGAGUGGUAAGAUCGAUAAAAAGGAAUUGCAAUAAGUUCUUGGAAGUAUGUCUUAUUGAUUGAUAAAUAUAGAGUCUGAAAAGAUAGUGAAUGAAAAAUAUUGGGAUGACAUGAUUAAAGAGGCUGAUAAAAAUGGAGACGGAGAAGUUAUUAAUUAUUUAAUUAUUUUAGAUUGAUUACAACGAAUUCAUUGAAAUGAUGGAUAGAUUCAGUUUAAUGAAUUGACAAACAUAUUAUAAUAUGCAUCAAAC